UGUGCAUGCUGUCAUUGGAGAUUUUGACAUUUGACAUUAUUUUCAUCUCGCAGCUUUGCAAAAUAUCAAGCUAUAUGUUCAAAGUACACUGUGAUAUCAAGUAUAACUUGUAUGAUACUAAAUAGCUUCAAGGUUUUCAACGUGAGUUGGACUUUACACUCAGUGUAUACAUUAACUUUGUUAAUGAAUCCCGCUUACAAACUUUAUAAUAAACUAGCCAUGAGUCUCACACCUGGGGCUCUGUUAUCUAGUGCAGCUAAAGAAAGGUGUAUUGCAAGCAUAAGUGAACUGCCGUCCUUCAAUAUUAGAAGUGGAAAAAUAAAAUCCAGUGCGUCUGUCUUAGUUCCCGUAUGCGUGGAAAAUGGGGAAGUAUGUCUUUUGUACACAUUGCGAUCUUCAAAUUUAAGCUCACACAGUGGCCAGGUAUCAUUUCCUGGCGGCAAAAUGGAUAAGAAUGAAACUGUUUAUGAUGCAGCCCUCCGCGAAACAGAAGAAGAAAUAGGCGUUCCAGCUAAAGAUAUAGAAAUCUGGACAAAAAUGUCUGAAGUUCAAGGUCGAGACCAAAAAAUCCUGAUUACACCUGUAGUUGGUGAAAUUAAGAACUUUGAAAUAAACAAAUUGGUACCAAAUGAAAAUGAAGUGGCUGAUGUAUUCACUAUUCCUAUGAAAGUGUUCUGUGACACAAACAAUCAUGGUUGUAUUAGAUACAACGGCUUUGUUAUCCCAGUGUUCAAUGGUGGUAAGCACAGGGUGUGGGGCAUCACAGGGAUAAUCACACAUCUCUUCUUAAACUCUUUCCUGCCUAGUGAAUGUUAUAGUCCAGAGUUUUUGAGAAAAGAAUACAAAAUAAGUGAACUUAUGCCUGCAAAACUUUAAGCAUAGACUCACAUUGGACUUCGAACCAAAUUGUUUCAUUAGGAAAAUUGAUUUAUUUUUUUAUUUAUUAUUUUAAGUGACGAUAAUUUAUUUUAAAACUGUAAAACUAGAUUUAUGAAUAGUAAGUACAAGGAAUAUACACAAGGACAGUAUUGUAUAUAAGUAAGUAGUAUUGUGUCAUAAAUUUUGGACACAAAAUGUAAUUAAGUACAAUACAACUAUGUAAUGUUGGUUAACUAUGAUUGGCAUUGGACACAUAAAUGAUAAUUUAUUGGAAUUAAGAACUUUGUAUAUGUAUAUUAAUGAAAAAUAUAAAUAUUUUAUUUACCUAUUUAUUAUUCUGAAAUAUUUUUCUGAUGUAAUAAUUUUACAAAACAAUGUAACGUGUAACCUUUCAGUGUACUUAUAGUUUCAAGAGUAACAUAAUUUACUCUGUGAUUACACAUGAUAAGACUAUGGUGACUACUAUCUAUAUAUGGUAUUAUAUAUUAUAUACGUGACUAGCUAAUAAGCAAUAUCCACAAAGAAGUAAAACUGCAUGCCAAAGUUGUUAUUUUUAAGUUAAUAUCUCUGAUACAAAAAUAAUAAGUGCAUGUUACUCUGCCAAUAAGUAUCUGUAAUGUAAUUGGCAGCAGUAGCAUAACUUUACUCAACAUUGGCUCUGAUUGGCCAUAAACAGUAUUGAUUUACUUAUAUAUACUAUACAACUUAUGUUAUAAUGCCCUUGCCAAUUUGUAGAGACUAUCCCUGUAUACUGUACAGUACAGACAUUCUCAAUAUCAGUAAUUGUCAACAAACAUUCACUGUAAAUAGACUUUCUCUGGGUAAUAAAAUAUAAGUACUUAUAAACUUGUGUGGUCAUGGACAAGUGAUAAUAUUCUGUUGUAUACUUGUAGAAUAAGUAUCCAUAUCUCUGGUGAUGUGAUAAUUUAUAUCUUGUCAUUAUUUAAUAAGGACACAUAGAGGAAUUUUCAUAGUUUUUAAUUAAAUACUUAUUAACAAAUUA